CCCAAACAAUCUUCAGGAGGGACUGCAGAAGCGAAGGCUGUUGAGAAACGCAAGCUUUCUCAGAAACGAAGAACACUGCCCUUGCAGUUAUCCAUGGGUGGCCACUUGUCCCCAUGGCCAACAUACACCAGUGGCCAGAUGAUUCUACAUAAACGAAAGCCCUGUUCGGAGGACUGCCGGAAGCGAACCAAUAGCUGGCAGCAGCAGCCCCUGGGCACUUCCAAGCCCAGGUACCUGGAGCAGCUAGAGAACUACCUGCGCAAGGAGCUCCUCCUGCUGGACCUGGGCACAGAUUCUGCACAAGAGCUGAGGCUGCAGCCUUACAGAGAGAUUUUUGAGUUCUUCAUAGAAGAUUUCAAGACAUACAAGCCAUUGUUAUCCUCCAUCAAGAAUGCAUAUGAGGUGAUGCUGGCCCACCAAAGGGAGAAAAUUCGGGCCCUAGAGCCCCUGAAGGCCAAGAUUGUCACUAUGAAUGAGGACUGUAGUGAGAGGAUCCUGGCCAUGAGGGCAGAAGAGAGGUACGAAAUCUCUGUGCUCAAGAAAGAGAAGAUGAAUUUGCUAAAGCUCAUUGAUAAAAAGAAUGAAGAGAAGGUCUCAUUGCAGAGUGAGGUGACUAAACUGAGGAAGAGCUUGGCUGAGGAGUACCUUCGCUACCUUACUGAGCGAGAUGCCCGCAAGAUUCUUAUCGGGGACCUGAAUGAGCUGCGAUACCAACGAGAAGACAUGUCACUAGCCCAGUCUCCAGGUGUUUGGGGAGAGGACCCUGUAAAGCUAACACUGGCACUGAAGAUGACUCGACAAGACCUGACCCGCACUCAGAUGGAACUCAACACCAUGAAAGCCAACUUUGGAGACGUCGUACCCAGGAGGGACUUCGAAAUGCAGGAGAAGACCAACAAGGAUCUUCAAGAGCAGCUGGAAAGCCUAAGAGCUGACUAUGAAGAGGUCCGGAAGGAGCACGAGAUGUUGCUGCAGCUGCAUAUGAGCACUCUGAAGGAGCGGGACCAGUUCUAUUCGGAGCUGCAGGAGAUUCAGCGCACCUCCACACCUCGACCUGACUGGACCAAAUGUGAAGGCAUCAUAGCAGGGGGCCCGGAACGAUGGCUAAUGUUGGCUGAAGGAAAGAACAGUGACCAGCUGGUGGAUGUGCUGCUGGAGGAGAUUGGCAACGGUCUGCUUCGCGAGAAAGACUUCUUCCCAGGGCUGGGCUUUGGGCAAUCUGUCCCUGCUUUCCUUCGCUUUGAUGGCCCUGUGGAGAACAAGAAGCCGAGCAAAAAGGAGGUGGUAAAUCUCCUUGAGGAUGCCUGGAAGGAACGUCUUGCAGAGGAGCAGAAAGAGUCAUUCCCAGAUUUCUUCUUCAACUUUCUGGAGCGACGCUUUGGGAUCAAUGACGCGAUAGCCUGGGCUUACACCAUUUUUGAAAAUAUCAAGCUCUUUCGCUCUAGUGAAAUAAUGAGUCAGUUCUAUGCAGUGUUGAUGGGGAAGAGGAUGGAAAGUGUAUAUAUCAACCAAAAGGAGACACUGUCCCAUCUGCUGAAGGAGAUGACAAAUGUUGACACUCAGAACGAGGGGUUAAUAGCCAUGGAUCAAUUCAGCACCAUCCUCAAGAAUACCUUUCCUCUCAAGAAGGAAGAGCAAAUUCAGGAGCUAAUGGAGGCAGCAGGCUGGAGUUCAGACAGCAACAAUACAGAAGUGUUCAACUACCGAGUAUUGUUUACCGAGGAUGAGGAGGGCCAGAGUGAGCCAUUUGUGCAGAAGAUAUGGGAACAGUAUGACAAUGAAAAGGAAGCGUACUUACAGGAGUUGAAGCAGGAUCUGGGCCUAGAUGUCCUCGAUGAGGUGAGCCUAUUGAAGAUGCGUGGGGCCCUGAUGAACAUCGAUCCCAGCCUGGACAAACAGACGCUGAAUACCUACCUGAGCCAGGCCUUUCAGCUCCCUGUGGCAGAACUACCAUUGGAGGAUGAAGAGAAGCAGGAGGAAAUUGUGGUGAAGCUUGAGACUGCACUUGAACAGCUUCGGAUGGCAGACACCAAACGUGUAGGACCUCGAGAGCCAGAACCAGCAAGCUAGAACCUCCAUGGACAGCUUAAGUACUCUAACGGUGCUAAACUUCCAGUAUAAAAUUCUUUAUCUAAAUUUA